GGGAAAAAAGAGUAAUUUUGGAACAGAACCUAUUAAUUUUGGUUUGAAAUUUAAUUUGAUAUUUUGCCGCAUCAAAUUCUUGGUCGGAAUUUCUGCUACUUUUCGGAAUUGCAGCAACAGGGACUUCGGCGGCGGCCGGGCGAAGGCAGGACCACUUCUGCGCCGCGACGGGGUGCGUUUAAGUUUGUCGCCAUCGAUGUGAAUCAGGCAAUUUGGGGAAGAAGGAGGUGAACAGUAGAAGAGGCCAAGAACAGACGAGAAUAGUUGAUCCUACUUCUACUUGUAUGCUCGCACGGAGAAAUUUCUAGAAGAACAAGGAGCAUCUAGAGAGAAACAAUGGGAGCCGUCAAACUGGAACUUCGUUCUCCACAAAAUGUCAAUGGCAUUGCCGCUGAUCCGCAGCCUGAUUGGAGUUUUGACAAUUUGUUGUCAGAGCUUGAUGCAAUAGACGAGAAGCUCAAUGUAACUCUAGAUUUUCCUGUACCUUUUACUAAAACGCAACCUAGAAAAUUGAGAGCUUCAAAGGACAGUUAUCGUGGCACGAGGGGAUUUGUAAUGCAUGUACCUGACAAUGAAAUUGACUACACCGACAAUGAUAGUGAAGAGGAGGCUGAUCAUUCGACCAUGGUUUCUGGCAGGAGAUUUGCUUGUGAUGAACUGUAUAUAAGUGAUGAUUCUGAAAAUGAGAUGCCUCUUCAGUGUCAUCUGAUGGAUAAAGUGGGAUUAGCAGAAGGUGCACUCCAUGAGCUGACACAUGAACUUCAGCUUAGUGUAUCGGAGGAAGUGAGAUCCAAAAUAUCAUGUUUGGAGACGAAGCUGGUUAAUGAAAGUGAGAAAUUUGCCUCUUCGAUAACUAAAGUAGAUAGAGAUAGAGAACUCCAGCAGGAAAGAGAGAGAAAAUUUGAUUUGCAGUAUCAACGCACAAUUGCAGAAGCACUCGAUAAUCACCUUACAGCUGUACAGAGGGAUCAUGAGCACAUAUCCCAACAAGAAGAAAGAAGAAUACGGGAUGAUGCGGCUCGUGAGGAGGCUAAAAGAAAGGAAAAGGCCCUUCAGGAAGAAAAAUUGCGGCAGGAAAAGAUCAAAGCAGAAGAAGAGGCCAGACUGAAAGCCGAAAUGGCUGAGAGAGCUAAAGCAGCAGCAGAGAAGCAAGCUGCAGAAGAAGCUGCAGCGAAACGUGCUGCUGAGACCUUAAGGAAUACUGCUCAGAAUGCAGCGCAAGAUUCUAAGAAAACUCUUGGGCUACCGAGUUCUGGACUUGAUGUUAAAAAAGAAGUCCAAUCAUCAGCAAGAAAUGUAAUUAGGGCUUCAGAAAAUGCUCUUGAACUGGAAAAGCGAAGGCAACAAAUUUAUGAAGAAUUAUCUGCAAAAAACAAGGAUCUCAAAGUGAGGGCUAAUCAGGAUUAUCACAGACAUGGACAGCAUAUAGGCAGACAAAUUAAAACAAUCUCGGCUACUGUAGAAAAUGUCAGAACAAGAGCAGAAGAAUUAGUGAAGCUGAUUAGCAGUCCAGGAUGUCCUGAAUCCAUCAGUAUCCAGUUAUUUGCUGAAAAGAUAGUCUCCAACUGCACAAAUCAAAGGAGCUCCAAUGCCAUAUUUGCUACUAGUCGUGUCAUUGUUCUCGUAACAUCUAAGAUCCCGCUGGCCAUGGAUGUUCUGAUUGCAGAGUUGAACAGAGUUUGCAUCUACACAGUUCCAAAGCACAUAAGUUACUCAGAGGACGAAUUUAAAACCAAAGAUGCUUACUUCAAAGCUAUUGGUUAUGAGGAAGAAAAUGGGAAGAUUGAGAGUAUCGAUGAUUAUGUUGAAAGGUUGAGUUGUUAUAUGAAACUAUAUGGAGCUAUUGUGCAGACUGAAGUUGGAGGCUUUCAGAACCUGCAUGGACUUAGAGAAGGCUGGGCAUGGCUUGCAAGAUUCUUGAAUUCCCUCCCGGCAAAUCUGUACACUGCAGUUGCACUGCAUUCAUUUCUUGAAAUGGCUGGAUUCACACUCUACCGGAGAUACAAGAAUCAGUUUGAGAAGUUACUUCACAUCGUUGCUCGUGACUUUCUGAAUGCAUUGAAAGAAGGCGGUUCUGAGUCAUGGAGCGCCAAAUUGAGCAAGGUCAAAAUGUCUAUUCGAGAUUACAUUGAGUCAAACCAGUUCAGAAAGGAACCCGAGGGAUUGCAGCUAAGAGGCCAUCUGGAAUCGAACGAUUUUUACUGAUCUUCAGUCCUCGGCACACCAUCCGUCUGAUGUCAGUUGAUUAUGAUCAUUUGUGCCGGUGAAACAUUGAUUUCUUAUUAAGAAAUGUUAGGCUUUUACAAAUUGUAUUAUACUAUUGUAUUUUUUUACUUAAUAAAAAUUGCCUCAACCGAAAAAAAAAAAAAUGUCAGGCUUUUAGUCAAGUAGACUAGUGUAACUGACUUCGUCAACCCCAUGUUCUUGCAACAUAUUAGAUACUCUUACUCAUUAGG